UCUUAUUCCUUCCUGGACUUCCCUUUCGCGCCACAACCACAGGUGGUUUAUCAGCAUCAAUUUAUGCCGCAAUAUGGGCCUGCACUUCAAUACCAUGUUGUAUAUAACAAGGAGGUCAAUGCAAAUCCUAACAUAGUUAGGGUGCAGGAUUGACUAUUCCAGAAAAAAUAGAAAGGAUUCCCAAAAGAAUGGACUUGGAUCCAAAGAGAAAAAGAAAGAGAAGCUUGAACAAUUUGGGGUUUGUAGGUAAUGGAUCAGGAGAAAGUGAAAAGGCAGCUUCACGUUUUGGAAAUAAUGGUCCUUCACGAAGUGCUGCAACUGGAAGUGUGUGCUCAUCAGAUGAAAGUGAUGACACUAACCAGGAGUUUUCUGCAAGUGAAAGGCAAAGAUUUAACCAGUUGCUGGCAGAUGGUGUGGUUUCACAGAACAACGCUACUGUCCAGUAUCAUGUUCCAAAUAAAAAUUUGGCAUUGCCGGUCUUAGUGGCAACCACGAGUGAAACUGAUCCCAAUUUGAGGAUGAGACUCAGUGCAUCCAGUUCUCAAACCAUACUUAUGAAGGAAGAGCUUGAACUUAAGAAAGAGAGGAGGAAGCAGUCUAACAGGGAGUCAGCUAGGAGGUUAAGAUUACACAGACAGCAAGAAUGUGAAAAAUUACAAGCAGUGGUGGAGAUACUGAGAACCGAGAGUUCCAUGCUGAAGGACGAGCUAAUGAGGCUUUCUGAGGACUGUGGGAAUCUUGGUGAUGAAAACAAUUCCAUAAUGGAUGAGUUAACUAAGAUGUACGGGCCAGAUGCAAUUUCUGACCAAAUUGCUAUGAACCCCGACUCCGGUAGCGGUGAAAGGAAUAACCACAAACAAUAGACGACUCAACUCCUGAUCAGAAUAGAAAUUCAUCAAUCUGGAGUUUGAAGCUACAAGGUAGCUCCAACUGAUUUUUUUUUUUUUUUACUGUGAGUGAGCUUCAUAUUGAUUCUUUAAGGAUGUGUAAGAUUAUUAUUAACAAAGAAGAGCGCUAAGUUUAGGUGUUUAUUCUCUCUGCAAGGGUCUGCUUUUAACAGUGUAAUACUGUAAAUGAGUUUUGUUGCC